AUGCGGGAGGUGAAGCUGGAGCCCAAUGUCACUUCAGCUACAGCGCUGGGAUCGGCGCGUGCGAGAAGGGCGAGCAUCAGCUACAGCGCUGGGAUCAGCGCGUGCGAGAAGGGCGAGCAGUGGCAGAGAGCCCUGGCGCUGCUGAGCGAGAUGCGGGAGGCGAAGCUGGAGCCCAUGGGGGAGGUGAAGCUGGAGCCCAACGUCAUCAGCUUCAAUGCUGGGAUCAGCGCUUGCGAGAAGGGCGAGCAGUGGCAGCGGGCCCUGGUGCUGCUGAGCGAGAUCGCGUGCGAGAAGGGCGAGCAGUGGCAGCGGGCGCUGGCGCAGUUGAGCGAGAUGCGGGAGGUGAAGUUGGAACCCAACGUCAUCAGCUACGGCGCUGGGGUCAACGCCUGCGAGAAGGGUGGGCAGUGGCAACAGGCGCUGAGCAUGCUCAGAACCAUGCCUUUGAGAAAGGGGAGCGUUGACUUCACGGUCUACGGGAUUGCAGCCAGCAUGUGCGAGCAACGCGGGCAGUGGAGCCAAGUGCUGUCUUUAUUCAGGGAAGUGCAUGUCUCAGUAAAAGGAGAUUGA